AUGUAUGUCAAAUUUAGUCUAAAUAAACCAUGUUUGUGUGUCAUAUGAAACUGGAUUUAUCUAACUGAUUUGUUUAGUCUCAUCCGUGCGCUCCUGGAGCAGAAGUGCGUCCAGCAUGGGGCGUGGCUGUGCGCAAUCGCAACGUAUAGACAUCAACAAUUUACUAAGUGGGCACAAACAUGCACCAUUCAUUCAGCUUGGACCCCAAAUACCAGCAGAGCCAAGCGAUUGCUGAUGCCAUGAAGGCUUUAUCAUCACCAGAAUCCACCAGAAAGAAGUCGGCGAGGCGGGUUUCCAAACCUCUGAUGGAGAAACGCAGACGAGAGCGCAUUAACCACAGUUUGGAGACUUUGCGCCUUCUGAUGCUGGAAAACACGCGCAAUGAGAAACUGAAGAAUCCGAAGGUGGAGAAAGCAGAGAUCCUAGAGAGCGUUGUGGAAUUCCUGAAGGCAGAGAAGGAGAUGGAGAAGGGUCCCCAAGCCACGGGCAGGGUCCUGUCCAAGGAGCCGAGACAGACCUGCCCUCGCCAGCACAGCUACAGAGACGGCAUGAGGUCCUGUCUGCUGAGAGUAAGCCAGUUCAUCGCCACCAAGAGCCAGGAGUUGGAAGAGUCUGGCAACAAUAUAGUCCAGGCCUCCUUUGCCCUUGCUGAACCCAAGGAGCUGCCCACUUCUCCCGGGCAUGUCCACAGGUCAUCGAUGGCCGCUCUGGCUGGUGACUCAACUGCUCUGUCUCCACAGCAUCACCUCACACAGCCACCUGGCCUUCAUGGAGACACCAACAAGUUCUUUUCCACUUCAGCGGGCUCAACGCACAUCACCGAUCCCGUGUGGAGACCCUGGCCUCAAUGACAGACACUUUGAGACAGAGUUUAUUUUUGAAAAUGUGUGUUGGAUGGCGACUGCACAUGCCAACAAAUUUUAAA